AUGUUUAAAGUUUCAGACGAAGAGCUUUUGGAUCAAGAUACAGUUAAAUUGACAAAGAGUCGUGGUAGUAUUCAGGACCAAACAUUGAAUACUCAACAAAGUUCCUUUUCGUCUAAAAGCCGGAGCCAAACGAAUAACGACAACCAACCGAAUACUUUUCGCCUGAAUUCAAGCUCCUCUUUAAUACCAACCACCAACUCAUUUUUUAGUACGCCCAACAAUAAAACUAAGAAUGGCGAUGGCCUCUCAAAGAAACCUUUUUCUUCUAGUAAACGCUCGCGUACAAAAGCUUUUGUUAAAGUAUCCUAUUCCAAGACGAGUAGCACGACUUUAUUUGACUACUUUGACCGAAAGUCAACCGGUGGUGGACUCAAUACCGCUACCACCAUUGCUAACCAAGCCAGUGAUUGUACAAAGUUUACAUGUGAUGAAAUAGUAGAGCAACCGACAAGCCAUGAGAGAUUGACCUUCAAUAGUUUGCCUGUCGAAAAAGGUUUCGAUACUGCAGAUGUGAGUUUGAACGUCAAAGAAAAUAUGAGCGGAGAAGACUUCGAUUUUCUAUAUGACAGUGAUAGUCCUGAACAUAAAGAAAUCUAUUCGGAGUCAAUGGAGCAGUCACAAGUUCACGUUAAUAAAUGCUUAGAUAAAUCAACUGAGAAGACGACCCCAUCAAAUUUCAUCUCAUUAAAAAAUACUACUGAUAACACUGGUUUCAAUGAUACUUCAUUGGCUUCUAUCAGCUCCACCCCUUCGCAAUUGAAAUUGAGUAAUAUUCAGAACUUAUCACGUAGUAUGUUUUUUGGUUCAUUCAAGGAUAAAGUAGCUACCAUAGGUAUUGAGCAAGAAAUGAUGAUAGAGCACGGAAAUUUAAUCAAUGAUCAAAAUACUAUAAAGAAUAUUGGAUAUGCCGGCCCAUCGAAAAAAGCCUCCAAUACUAUUAAAAAUACCGAAAAUAAAACAAGAAAGACGUGUCCGGGGUACAAAAAAUUACCAGAAACUCAAAUUACUGUUGAUGCAUUUUCAUAUGGACAAAUAUCUGACUGCAACGCUUAUUUCCUAAGCCAUUUUCAUUCGGAUCAUUAUGCUGGGCUCACUUCAAAAUGGAACCAUGGACCAAUAUACUGCUCGGUGGUCACGGGAAAUUUGGCAAUCCAAAAUCUACGGGUUGAUCCUAAAUACAUUCGAAGACUUCCAUUGGAUCAGGAAGUUGAUGUUGAUGGAAAUGGUGUCUCUGUUACUUUAAUAGAAGCAAAUCACUGCCCCGGUUCUGUACUAUUUCUAUUUAAAGUUAUGGAUUCGCGAGGUCGAAUCCUUCGAUAUUUACACACUGGUGAUUUCCGGUCAUGUCCUCGACAAGUAAUCCAUGAUGCGAUAGUCCAACCACAAAAUCCGCCAAUUGAUGCUCUCUAUCUAGAUACUACAUAUCUGGAUCCUCAACAUUGCUUUCCUCCUCAAGAGCAUGUGGUAAAUGCGGUGAUUGAACUAGUGAAAAAAGCUGUCAAAGAUCAGCAACUCCUGUAUAAAGGAACUUUUUUAGAUCGAUGGAUCAAAUCACCAGCGAACAAAAAGCAAAUACAGAAUCAUCCUAGCAAUUCUAGCACCAUCACCACUGACAACUUGGAUUUAACUCGUUCAAAUUCUAGGUCGGCAGAAGCAACGAGAUUUGAAAAUCCUGUUGAAGUUUCAUUAAGGAAUUCGAAUGUCCUGGUUGUGGUUGGAACUUAUUUGAUUGGAAAAGAAAAACUCUUCUUAGGUAUUGCUAAGGCUCUUCAUUCAAAAAUAUACGUAACCAAUGAAAAACGACGCAUUCUUCUUUGUCUAGAGAAUCCAGAAUUAGAAGCACUAUUGACUGAUGAUCCCCAUACUGCAUCAGUACAUGUUGUAUCGAUUAGCGCUAUAAAGACAGAGACAUUGAGAUCACAUCUGAAUGCUUUACGCCCAACAUACACAUCAGUGAUUGGAAUACGACCCACGGGAUGGGCUUAUCGUCCACCCAAGGACCAAAUAGUUUCCAAUUCAGUCUCUAGCGAGACUUUACUCAAUAGUUAUAAAACAUAUACUACUAAGUAUUUAAGGCCGUUAUAUUCGUCCAGAGAUUGUGACAUAUAUGCUGUGCCGUAUUCUGAGCAUUCGAGUUUUCGUGAAUUAGCAGCGUUCAUCUUGUCAUUGGACAUAAAGAAGAUCAUACCCACGGUCAACACGGAUUGUGAAAAGAGUUGCCAAUUGAUGGAUUUUUGGUUGGAAAAAUGGCAGAAUGAGAAGAAAAAGAAUGGAAAAGUUGAAAUAGUUCGCUAUAUAACUGAAGAUCAUUGGUAA